CGGGCAAAUAGUUAGAGCGGCGGCGCUCAGUGGCCUCCCGCUUUUCGGGAGUAGAUGCUCUACCGUUUCGAGAAGCUUUAAAGGAGGCGAGCCGAGUGAGAAGGGGGGGAAGAGCCAAAGGGAAGGAGGAUAGUUAAGAUGGCGGCCUCCAUGGAGUCGUCUACCGCCGUGUAAGGAGCCGCUUCUCCGUGAGAGCUGCCUUAGAGGAAAGGGGGUGUGUGAAGAAUUAAGGGUCUCCCUCCCGAUCAGUGACUUCUUCCCACUGCAUCCUUAACCUGAACUAUGGCUUCGGCUGUGUCCCCUGCCAACUUGCCGGCGGUGCUUCUGCAGCCCCGCUGGAAGCGAGUGGUGGGUUGGUCGGGUCCAGUGCCCCGACCCCGCCACGGCCACCGUGCCGUGGCCAUCAAGGAGCUCAUAGUGGUGUUUGGCGGCGGCAAUGAAGGGAUAGUGGACGAACUGCACGUGUACAACACUGCAACCAACCAGUGGUUCAUCCCAGCUGUGAGAGGGGAUAUCCCUCCAGGAUGUGCAGCCUAUGGCUUUGUGUGUGAUGGUACUCGCCUACUGGUGUUUGGUGGAAUGGUGGAGUAUGGAAAAUACAGCAAUGACCUCUAUGAACUCCAGGCUAGUCGCUGGGAAUGGAAGAGACUGAAAGCAAAGACGCCCAAAAAUGGGCCUCCUCCAUGUCCUCGGCUUGGACACAGCUUCUCCCUUGUGGGCAACAAAUGCUAUCUAUUUGGGGGUCUAGCCAAUGAUAGUGAGGACCCCAAGAACAACAUUCCGAGGUACCUGAAUGACUUAUAUAUACUAGAACUACGACCAGGCUCUGGAGUGGUAGCUUGGGACAUCCCCAUCACUUACGGAGUCCUGCCUCCACCUCGGGAGUCACAUACUGCCGUGGUCUACACUGAAAAAGAUAACAAGAAAUCAAAGCUGGUGAUCUAUGGAGGGAUGAGUGGCUGCAGGCUAGGGGACCUUUGGACUCUGGAUAUCGAGACACUGACAUGGAAUAAACCCAGCCUUAGUGGGGUGGCACCCCUUCCUCGAAGCCUUCACUCUGCAACCACCAUAGGAAACAAAAUGUAUGUAUUUGGUGGCUGGGUGCCUCUUGUCAUGGACGAUGUCAAAGUGGCCACACACGAGAAGGAGUGGAAGUGUACCAACACGCUGGCUUGUCUCAACCUGGAUACCAUGGCCUGGGAAACUAUCCUGAUGGAUACACUGGAAGACAACAUUCCUCGAGCUCGAGCUGGUCACUGUGCUGUUGCCAUCAAUACUCGCUUAUACAUUUGGAGUGGCCGUGAUGGCUACCGCAAGGCCUGGAACAACCAGGUCUGUUGCAAGGACCUGUGGUAUUUGGAGACAGAAAAGCCACCACCCCCAGCCCGAGUACAACUAGUACGAGCCAACACCAACUCACUGGAGGUUAGCUGGGGUGCAGUAGCAACAGCCGACAGUUACCUUCUGCAGCUCCAGAAAUACGACAUUCCUGCCACGGCUGCUACGGCCACCUCCCCCACUCCCAAUCCAGUUCCAUCUGUGCCUGCCAACCCUCCCAAGAGCCCUGCACCAGCUGCAGCUGCACCUGCUGUACAGCCACUGACCCAAGUCGGCAUCACACUUGUGCCCCAGGCUGCCACUGCACCCCCAAGCACUACCACCAUCCAAGUCUUGCCAACAGUACCAGGCAGCUCCAUUUCUGUGCCCACUGCAGCCAGGACUCAAGGUGUCCCUACUGUUCUCAAAGUGACUGGUCCUCAGGCUACAACAGGAACCCCACUGGUUACCAUGAGACCUGCCAGCCAGACUGGAAAAGCCCCUGUCACUGUGACCUCCCUGCCUGCUAGUGUGCGAAUGGUUGUGCCCACACAGAGUGCCCAGGGGACGGUGAUUGGCAGCAACCCACAGAUGAGUGGGAUGGCUGCAUUGGCUGCUGCUGCCGCUGCCACACAGAAAAUCCCUCCUUCCUCAGCACCCACAGUGCUGAGUGUCCCAGCAGGCACCACCAUUGUCAAGACAGUGGCUGUGACACCUGGCACAACCACUCUUCCAGCCACUGUGAAGGUGGCCUCCUCCCCUGUCAUGGUGAGCAAUCCAGCCACUCGUAUGCUAAAGACUGCAGCUGCCCAAGUGGGGACAUCUGUGUCCUCUGCUGCCAACACAUCUACCCGCCCUAUCAUCACGGUACACAAAUCAGGCACUGUGACGGUGGCCCAGCAAGCCCAGGUGGUGACCACAGUGGUAGGCGGAGUCACCAAGACCAUCACCCUAGUGAAGAGCCCCAUCUCUGUCCAAGGAGGCAGUGCUCUGAUUUCCAAUCUGGGAAAAGUGAUGUCAGUGGUCCAGACCAAACCAGUUCAGACUUCAGCAGUCACAGGUCAAGCCUCUACAGGCCCUGUGACUCAGAUCAUCCAGACCAAAGGGCCUCUGCCAGCAGGGACUAUCCUGAAGCUGGUGACAUCAGCAGAUGGCAAGCCCACAACCAUCAUUACCACCACGCAGGCUAGUGGAGCAGGGACCAAGCCUACCAUCCUGGGCAUCAGUAGUGUCUCUCCCAGCACCACCAAACCUGGCACUACUACUAUCAUCAAGACCAUUCCCAUGUCAGCCAUUAUCACCCAGGCAGGCGCCACAGGUGUUACCAGCAGUCCUGGCAUUAAGUCCCCUAUCACAAUUAUCACCACCAAGGUAAUGACUUCUGGAACAGGAGCACCUGCGAAAAUCAUAACUGCUGUCCCCAAGAUUGCUACUGGUCAUGGACAGCAAGGAGUGACCCAGGUGGUGCUAAAGGGGGCCCCUGGACAGCCAGGCACCAUCCUCCGCACUGUGCCCAUGGGCGGCGUUCGCCUGGUCACCCCUGUCACCGUCUCCGCUGUCAAGCCAGCUGUCACAACAUUGGUUGUAAAGGGCACCACAGGUGUCACAACCCUAGGCACAGUGACAGGCACUGUCUCUACCAGCCUUGCAGGAGCUGGGGCCCAUAGCACCAGUGCCUCUCUGGCCACACCUAUUACCACCCUGGGCACCAUUGCCACUCUUUCAAGCCAGGUCAUCAACCCUACUGCCAUCACAGUAUCAGCUGCACAGACCACAUUGACAGCUGCUGGUGGCCUUACCACACCCACAAUCACAAUGCAGCCUGUCUCCCAGCCUACCCAGGUGACUCUGAUCACAGCACCCAGUGGGGUUGAGACCCAGCCUGUACAUGACCUUCCUGUGUCCAUUUUGGCCUCACCUACUACAGAGCAACCCACGGCAACAGUCACCAUCGCUGACUCGGGCCAGGGUGAUGUACAGCCUGGCACUGUAACACUGGUGUGCUCCAACCCACCCUGUGAAACCCAUGAAACAGGCACCACCAACACAGCCACUACCACUGUUGUGGCUAACCUUGGGGGACAUCCCCAGCCCACCCAGGUACAAUUUGUUUGUGACAGACAGGAGGCAGCUGCUUCUCUUGUGACCUCAGCUGUGGGACAACAGAAUGGUAAUGUGGUCCGUGUCUGUUCAAACCCCCCCUGUGAGACCCAUGAAACAGGUACCACCAACACUGCCACAACAGCCACCUCCAACAUGGCUGGGCAGCAUGGCUGCUCAAACCCCCCCUGCGAGACUCAUGAGACAGGCACCACCAGCACUGCCACUACAGCAAUGUCCAGCAUGGGUACUGGGCAGCAGCGAGACACUCGUCGUGCCUCUAGCACCCCUACUGUAGUGCGGAUCACUGUGGCUCCUGGGGCGUUGGAGAGAGCCCAGGGUACUGUGAAGCCUCAGUGCCAAACACAGCAGACCAAUAUGACCAGCACCACCAUGACUGUGCAGGCCACCGGAGCUCCGUGCCCAGCUAGCCCACUGCUUAGGCCAAGUGUGGCACUGGAGGCUGGGAGCCACAGCCCUGCCUUUGUGCAGCUAGCCCUUCCAAAUGUUAGAAUUGGGCUGAGUGGCCCCAGCAGCAAGGACAUGCCCACAGGGCACCAGCUAGAAACAUAUCAGACUUAUACAACCAGUACCCCAACCACAGCCCUCUCUAUCAUGGGUACUGGGGAGCUUGGUGCAGCUCAGGUGGCCCCCACAUCUAUAUACGAGAGCCUCCAGGCAAACUCUCCCAGCAGCACCAUGACUAUGACAGCCCUAGAGGCAUUGCUGUGCCCUUCAGCUACCGUGACCCAAGUCUGCUCCAACCCACCGUGUGAAACCCAUGAGACGGGUACCACCAACACUGCCACUACCUCCAAUGCGGGCAGUGCCCAGCGGGUAUGCUCCAACCCACCUUGUGAGACUCAUGAGACGGGAACCACACAUACAGCCACCACUGCCACAUCCAAUGGAGGUGCAGGCCAGCCUGAAGGUGGACAACAGCCUGCCAGUGGCCAUCCCUGUGAAACACACCAGACGACUUCCACUGGCACCACUAUGUCAGUCAGUGUGGGUGCCCUGCUUCCUGAUGCCACUUCCUCUCGUGGAACCCUGGAAUCUGGCUUAGAGGUGGUAGCAGUGCCCACCGUCACCUCUCCGGCUGGUGCCACAUUGCUGGCUUCUUUCCCAACACAGAGGGUAUGCUCCAACCCUCCUUGCGAGACCCAUGAGACAGGCACCACACACACAGCCACCACUGUCACCUCUAACAUGAGCUCAAACCAAGAUCCUCCACCAGCUGCCAGUGAUCAGGGAGAGGUGGUGAACACUCAAGGUGACAGUGCAAACAUCACCAGCGCCAGUGGCAUCACAACAACUGUGUCCUCCACACUGCCACGAGCAGUGACCACUGUGACACAGUCUACACCGGUCCCAGGUCCCUCUGUGCCGCCCCCAGAGGAACUCCAGGUCUCACCAGGGCCUCACCAGCAGCUGCCACCACGGCAACUCCUGCAGUCUGCCUCCACCCCCCUGAUGGGGGAGUCCGCGGAGGUCCUGUCAGCCUCCCAGACCCCUGAGCUCCAGGCCGCCGUGGAUCUGAGCAGCACUGGGGACCCAUCUUCAGGCCAGGAGCCUGCCAGCUCUGCUGUCGUGGCCACUGUGGUGGUCCAGCCACCCCCACCCACACAGUCUGAAGUAGACCAGUUAUCACUUCCCCAAGAGCUGAUGGCUGAGGCCCAGGCGGGCACCACCACCCUUAUGGUAACAGGGCUCACCCCAGAGGAGCUGGCUGUGACUGCUGCUGCAGAAGCAGCUGCCCAAGCUGCAGCCACUGAAGAAGCUCAAGCCUUGGCCAUCCAGGCCGUGCUCCAGGCUGCACAGCAGGCUGUCAUGGGCACUGGGGAGCCCAUGGAUACAUCUGAAGCAGCAGCAGCAGUGACACAAGCAGAGCUGGGCCACCUUUCAGCUGAGGCACAAGAGGGUCAGGCCACCACCAUACCCAUUGUGCUGACACAGCAGGAGCUUGCAGCCCUGGUGCAGCAGCAGCAGCAGCUCCAGGAGGCUCAAGCCCAGCAGCAGCAACACCUCCCUACUGAGGCUCUGGCUCCAGCUGACAGUCUCAAUGACCCAUCCAUCGAGAGCAACUGCCUCAAUGAGCUAGCCAGUGCUGUCCCUAGCACUGUGGCCUUGCUACCCUCAACAGCCACUGACAGCCUUGCUCCAUCCAACACAUUUGUGGCUCCACAGCCUGUUGUUGUAGCCAGCCCAGCGAAGGUGCAGACUGCGGCUACCCUAACUGAAGUAGCCAAUGGCAUCGAGUCCCUGGGUGUGAAACCAGACUUGCCACCUCCACCCAGCAAAGCCCCUGUGAAAAAGGAGAACCAGUGGUUUGAUGUGGGGGUCAUUAAGGGUACCAGUGUAAUGGUAACACACUAUUUCCUGCCACCAGAUGAUGCUGUUCAGUCAGAUGAUGACUCAGGCACAGUCCCAGACUAUAACCAGCUGAAGAAGCAGGAGCUACAGCCAGGCACUGCCUAUAAAUUUCGUGUUGCCGGAAUCAAUGCUUGUGGCCGGGGGCCCUUUAGUGAGAUCUCAGCCUUUAAGACCUGUCUGCCUGGUUUCCCAGGGGCUCCUUGUGCCAUUAAAAUCAGCAAGAGCCCAGAUGGUGCUCACCUCACCUGGGAACCACCGUCUGUGACCUCCGGCAAGAUCAUCGAGUACUCUGUGUACCUGGCCAUCCAGAGCUCACAGGCUGGUGGUGAGCCCAAGAGCUCCACCCCAGCCCAGCUAGCCUUCAUGCGAGUGUACUGUGGGCCUAGCCCUUCCUGCCUUGUGCAGUCCUCCAGCCUCUCCAAUGCCCACAUUGACUACACCACCAAGCCUGCCAUCAUCUUCCGCAUUGCUGCCCGCAAUGAAAAGGGCUACGGCCCCGCUACACAAGUGAGGUGGUUGCAAGAAACCAGUAAAGACAGCUCGGGCACGAAGCCGGCCAGCAAGCGACCCAUGUCGUCUCCAGAAAUGAAAUCUGCUCCAAAGAAGUCUAAGGCUGAUGGUCAGUGAGGAAGCUGG